AUGGCGACCGACACAGAAGCCAACCUGCCUCGAGAGCAGAGCAUAGUCCAGCCAACAAAAUCGUGGAAAGGUUAUAUCUGGGACACCUGGGAGCUACCGAGCGACGAGCGAUGGCUAUUAUUUAAGCUUGAUGCGUUUGUCCUCACAUUUGCCUCUAUCGGCUACUUUCUCAAAUACCUGGAUCUUCAAAAUGUCACAAACGCAUAUCUUAGUGGCAUGGAAGAGGACUUGGAGAUGUACGGCAAUCAACUAGUGACAAGUACUUCGAUCUUCACAGUCGGCUAUGUUAUUGGACAGAUUCCUUGCAAUUUGCUGCUCACUCGCGUCUCACCGCGAUGGGUGAUUCCUUCGCUCGAAGUUGGCUGGGGAAUUGCCACUAUGUGCAUGUCGAGUGUAAAAACCUAUAAGGCCCUCUAUGGCCUUCGGUUUCUUGUUGGACUCUUCGAAUCUGGAUUUUACCCCGGUAUUCACUAUCUCCUCGGAUCUUGGUACACACCCCGUGAGAUCGGCAAGCGAGCAAUGAUAUUCUGGCUCGCGGGCUCGAUUGGUACCAUCUUCAGCGGUUUUCUUCAAGCUGCAGCCUACACAAACUUGGAUGGGGUGGAAGGUCGAGCAGGAUGGCGAUGGCUUUUUAUCAUCGACGGUAUUAUCACAUUGCCGCUUGCCCUUGCUGGAUUUCUUUUUUUCCCUAACUUGCCACAAAGCGGCAAGAAGACCUGGUGGACUACCCAGGCAGAACAUGAGCUUUCGGUGAGGCGUAUGGAGGCGAUCGGUCGUGCCGGUAAACAACCUUGGACCAUGGCCAAGCUGAAGAGGAUUUUAAGUAGCUGGCACACAUAUCUUCUUCCCUUGUGUUACAUUGUCUGGAACAAUGGAAGUCCGCAACUUGGUAUGGGGUAUUGGCUGAAGAGUUUCAAUACAACACCUGCUCCGGUCCCAGGCACAUCUUAUACGGUCUCUCAGAUUGAUAACUUGCCUCUGGUGUCGACUGCUAUCUUCAUCUUUGUGGCCCUUGCCUGGGGCUUUCUAUCUGAUGGACCUUGCAGAGGUCUGCGUUGGCCCUUUAUAUAUGCCGGUGCUAUCAUUACACUCAUAUUUGAUGUGCUCCUGCGACAAAUGCCUCUUUAUACCAACAUACCCGGUCGCACGGCUGUUUACUGGCUCAGUCUCAUCGGGAAUGGUGCUGGUCCACUGAUUCUCAGUUGGACCAAUGAGAUUUGCUCAGCUGAUACUGAAAAGAGAGCUUUGAUUAUUGCAUUAGCCAAUGACCUUGCAUAUGUUGUACAGGCAGUUGCCCCCAACUUUGUAUGGAAAACUACAGAUUUCCCUGCUGCAAAAGAGGGAUACCUCUGGUCUAUCAUAUUGCAGAUCUUGUUGAUCAUCGUCACUGCCACUAUCCAAUUCUUACUUUGGUGGGACAGCAAGAAAGAGGCAAAUACGGAGAUUGAAGGGUUUGUUCCAGAAUCGUCCGGACAUUCUUCCAUUGACAGCUCGUCCAUUGAUGGUAGUAAGGUUUCUGGUGCUAAAGUAACAUCCGUUGGGCUGGAGUAA